CUCAGUCGCCUUUUUGUUUUUACAAAGACCACGUCAAUCACAACAUCAAACAUGGACCCGAUGCUCCUUACCCCGCUCCAGCAGUACGAUCCCGAGAUCUUCGACCUCAUCGAGAAGGAGAAGCACCGCCAGUGGCGCGGCCUCGAGCUCAUCGCCUCCGAGAACUUUACCUCGCAGGCCGUCAUGGAGGCCAACGCGUCGUGCCUCACCAACAAGUACUCUGAGGGUCUGCCCCACCACCGCUACUAUGGCGGCAACGAUGUUGUCGACCAGGUCGAGGAGAUUUGCCAAAAGCGCGCUCUGGCCGCCUUCCGCCUCGAUCCCGCCGUCUGGGGUGUCAACGUCCAGCCUUACUCUGGCAGCACUGCUAACUUUGCCGCUCUGACUGCUCUUCUCAAGCCCCACGAUCGCCUGAUGGGUCUCGAUCUCCCCUCCGGUGGCCAUCUCACCCACGGCUACCAGACCGCCAAGAAGAAGGUUUCGGCCUCUGCCAUCUACUUUGAGUCGAUGCCGUACCAACUCGAUCCCGCCACGAGCUUGAUCGAUUACAACCGCCUGGAAGACCACGCCAAGCUGUUCCGCCCCAACCUCCUCAUCUGCGGUGGCUCGGCCUACCCUCGCGACUGGGAGUACGCUCGCCUGCGCUCGAUCGCCGACCAGCACGGCGCCUAUGUCAUGUGCGACAUGGCACACAUCUCUGGCCUCGUUGCCGCCCAGGAGAUGAAGGAUCCCUUCGAGUUUUGCGACGUCGUCACCACCACCACCCACAAGACUCUGCGCGGCCCCCGCGCUGGUCUCAUCUUCUUCCGCAAGUCGCCCCCGCCGCAGGCCAACGGCAGCCCUGCCGCCACCCCCGCCCAGCCCUACGACCUCGAGGCUCGCGUCAACGCCGCCGUCUUCCCUGCCUGCCAGGGUGGCCCGCACAACAACACUAUUGCUGCCAUCGCCGUUGCGCUCAAGCAGGCCGCCACGCCCGAGUUCCGCACCUACGCCGUCAACGUCCGCAAGAACGCCGCCAAGCUCGCCGACACCCUCAAGGAGCUCGGCUACAAGAUUGUCACGGACGGCACCUGCAACCACACCGUCCUCUGGGACUUGCGCCCCAACGGCCUCACUGGCAGCAAGAUUGAGAAGCUCUGCGACUACCUCGACAUUACCCUGAACAAGAACUCGGUCCAGGGCGACACGUCGGCCCUCUCCCCCGGCGGUGUUCGUCUCGGCUCGUCCGCCCUCACCUCGCGCGGCUUCCUCGAGGCUGAUUUCGUCAAGGUCGGCCACUUUUUGGAUCGCGCCGUCAAGAUUGCCCUCAAGCUCCAAGACAAGGUCGGCAAGAAGCUGGUCGAUUUCGAGGCCGAGCUCGCCAAGAAGGACAAUGCUGAAAUUACUCAACUCCGCCACGAGGUCGAGGCCUUUGCCAAGUCCUUCCCCAUGCCCGGCUUUGAGACCAGCACCAUGGUGUACAAGCAUUAAUGGAUGGUCUGAUGGUCUGGAGAGUGCGUGUUUUUGAGCUUUUUUUGGUGUUGUUCUUUUUGAUGCGAAAAUCCAAUAAAUACAGUUAUGAAAAAGUGAGA